AAAAUACAGCCUACCGAUUUACAAGCCAAUUAACCAACAACGUAACGAAUUGUAACAAUUCAUACAGGUUUACGUUACGAUUUUGUGAUUAAAUUAUUACGUCAUUGGUGAUAUAGAGCGACUGUAUGUGAAACGACAUGGCUGAAUAAAGGUACAGUCUGCCUGGUAGACAACCUGCUUUUUUUUAGGUAUUGUAGAAUGAACGAAUAAAAAUGACCAACAACUCAUCAAUACUGAAACCAUCUGGUGGAGAUGAUGACCGACUGUCAGAUCUUUUGAAAAAUGACGUUUUCGUGGAUUUCUUUAACACGUUUCUGAACCUACCGGUGUUUGGUCAAACUCCUCUCUUCUUUCUGUCGGACAAUAAAUGGUUAACUUGUCCUGAGCUACUUCAAGGCCAGGAGGUGAACAGAGGAGGAUUUCAGAAGUGGUUGACUGCUCAUCGCUUCACCUUGUUCAAGGAAACAGAGUUGUUCCAUUACUACACUCUCUGUAAAGAAUUCUUGGAGUUCUCAAACCAUCAUUCAGAAGUGUUGAAAUGGACAACAGCAGACCAGUGGCUACUGAGGAGAUGCAUUGGGAGCGGGAGAGGGAUGAGGCGAUUCAGCACAUUCAUCAAGGGCACUUGUGGGAAGGAGCUGGUGUCGUUCUGUGUGAGAGUGUCCAGGUUGUUCAACCUCGACUGUGAGGAUGCAGGUCAGAAACACAGAUACCUGGCCCUGCUGACUGUCAUCAGAGCCAUCCAUCUCACAGAGGGAUCCAGCAUCAUGGCUAUCUGUCACAUACCACGAGAUGCAAUGAUUAGCAUUCUAUCCAGUGAGCUCCCCGACAGUGCUAGAAAGCAGAUCAUCGGUCAGAUGUAUAACAAAGCUUUACAUCGGCUGCAGCACUAUUGGCUUCCUCAGUUUCUAAGAUACUGCAAGGACUCACUCUGGAGAGCUGCAGAGUGCAGCCACAUCGUUCAGGAGUACAGCGCCAUUGCAUCCCGCUCUGCUCCUGAGGACGUGCCUGGUAUACCUGCUCGACUGGACCCAGGCCUGGGACAGGUGAAGGAGGCAGAGCUGACUGGGAGUGCAACUGGGAACUACUGCUCCAAAAAAACCAAGAGACUCCUCUGGAUGCCCCAUGAGGAACCACAGAACAGAUCCGUAAUGGCAGCCCGGGAGGCUGAGAAGAUCCAAGAUGGACGUCUCUGUUGCCAGUGGCUUCCUCUUGGGGGUGAAACAGACCAGGAACGGUGCACUAAUGUUGUGCAUAGCAGUCAAACCAAAUACCAGAUUGAUUCCACAACUGAACAAUACCUCAACAUGCCUGACAAUGCAAAAUCACAAACCUGCAGCAAACAAACCAGCAAUGUGGAUAACCUCAAGUCCAGCCACAGAAGUGGUAACCUUCUCCCAAACAUUGAUGUUGAAGGGGUCCAGGAGGGAGAAGUACUUAUUCCACACACCUGUAUGGAGACUCCUGCCUACUACCAGCCGUCUGUCUUACCAGUUCCCGCUGCACCCGCAACUCCAGAGUCCCACCGCUACAACUACCUUCAGCCUGCCCUGUCAGCUGACAGCUUGGCUGGUGGGCCCUUAGCUGCCUUCCUGAGUGCCAGGGGACUGGAGACAGAGCUGCAGCAUCUGGGGCUCUGGCAGGACCUGGAGCUGGUCUUUAGCCUGGUGCUCAGGGCCCAGGGAGAUGACGCCCUCCACAGCCAGAGACAGGCUGUGGCCAGGAGGAUCACGCACACCUACCUGGGGGAGAACGCAGAGAGGGUAUGCCUCCUAGAGAGUGACACCAGCAGGCAGCUCCGUAGACUCCUGCCCUCUGGAGCAGUCAUACCGUGGAUAUACACAGCCAAACAUGAGAUCUGUAAGGUGCUUUGUGCAUCUUACGAUUCUUUUUUGGACGAAGAAGACAAACAUUUCUGUUCCUGUCUGGUAACUGAUUUGAUUUUGUUUUAUGCAAAUUGAUUAUACAAUAUAACUGUAUUGGCCAUAGUUACAACGGAAAUGUGUACCCCCCCUCCUUUUACAUGCACGUAUCUGUCCAUCUCCCCUUUAACUCUGUUGAGGGUUAUGUUAUCACAUU